GUCCGAGGUCUGAAGUCCGAACCGAACCAAAUCGCCGUGCCAUUUUGGAAGCGCCGCUCCGGCAAAAACUUGGGCAUUCAAAGUUAUUAGGGCUAAAACCCAUUUUGCCUGUCCGAACCCUCCCCGGUGUCUCUUCGCGAGAGCUAUGGCGAACCAGUAGCUAGCUGGUGAAUCAUUUGCUUCACUCUUCUACGUUGCUCCUCCAACCAGCCGCUCUCCAUCCCCGCAGUUCUUGGUAGAGAGAACUGCGUUUGCACGAAAUAGAAGAGAAGCAAGAAGGUCGCAUUUCAAUGGAGGAUCCUUCAAGAAAUGGGCUGCAUCAUUUUAGUUGGACUCUGGCGUCAAGAAAAGCUGAAGAAGCUGCUUGGAGGCGGUAUGAAGCUGUCAGGUGGCUUGAAAGCUUUGUAGGCCCACUCGGCCUGCCGAAUCAACCAUCAGAGAUGGAGUUUAUUUCUUGUUUGAGAAAUGGCCUGGUCUUGUGUAAUGCCAUUAACAAGAUUCAACCCGGAGCCGUGCCCAAGGUGGUGGAUAACCCAUGCCCUUUACCAUCACUUACCUGGGAGUGUCAGCCAUUGCCUGCCUAUCAAUACUUUGAGAACGUCCGGAACUUUUUGGUUGCUGCAAAAGGGCUGAAUCUGCCUGCUUUUGAAGCUUCAGAUCUAGAAAGGGAUACAUUUGAGGCAAAGGUAGUAGAUUGUGUUUUGGCUCUGAAAUCUCUUCAUGAGUCGAAGCAGAUGAGUGGUGGAAAUGGAUUUUACAAACAUGUGAAAUCUCCUCUGGUUAUGCAUUCUGCCAAUAGGAUGCAUCCAAGACCCUCGUCUACUGUCUCAUUAGACUCUUGUAGACGCUUGGAUAUGUCUACUACUACAUGCGAGAAACGGCCUCCUGUUGGGAGCGAAAAUGUAGAACUUGAAGAAUCAAUUGUCAAGUCACUUGUUGAUUGCCUGGUUCAGGAAAAGGAAAAUAUUGAUGGGAAUCUUCUUGCGUCUUUAAGAAAUGGAGAUAAGAAUUCAGUAACGUUAUUCAGAAGGAUUGUGUCAAUUUGUUCGGACGAAUCGCUUAAAGAAAACUUUCCAGAGUUUCAUACAGUUUUAGAAGAUCAAUUAAAAGAAAGAAGCAGUUCCCUAGCUCGUUCAGAUACAAUUUUGGAUGAUAUUCCGGCCCUUGAAAAUUCACAGCGGUGCAGAGCUUGCUUCAAAAAGAAAAGCUGCAAUCACCGAAAACUGUUUAACAUGCAAGAGAGGGAACUUUUGGAUCUCAAAGUGCUUUUAUCUAAAACAAAGGGAGAAGUUUAUGAUUUGCAGUUUCAGCUACAAAAAGACUUGAAAGACUUGGAAAAUCAGGUACAGGAGCUAUCAGAUGCUUCUCUUGGUUAUCAUAAUGUGGUUCAAGAGAACAGGAGCUUAUAUAACAUGGUACAGGAUCUUAAGGGCAAUAUUCGAGUUUACUGCAGAGUGAGGCCCACAUUCAGUUGUUUAUCAAAAAAUGUGAUAGAAUUUAUUGGGGAGGAUGGUUCAUUAAUGAUUUUGGAUCCAUUAAAACCCAAGAAAGAUGGAAGGAAGGUUUUUCGGUUUAAUCGUGUAUUUGGCCCAGCUGCAAAGCAAGAUGAAGUUUUCAAGGAUAUUCAGCCAUUAAUUAGAUCUGUCAUGGACGGUUACAAUGUAUGCAUAUUUGCCUAUGGGCAAACUGGAUCAGGAAAAACACACACCAUGAAUGGUCCAUCUGGUGGAGCAGACAGAGACUUUGGAAUUAAUUAUCUAGCUCUUAAUGAUCUAUUCCAAAUCCAAAAUGUACGGAAGGAUAUUAUCGACUAUGAAAUCAAUGUCCAAAUGGUUGAAAUUUACAAUGAACAAGUACGAGACCUUCUUGUUGCAGAAUCAUCAACUACCAAAUUAGAGAUUCGAAGUUGUAAUGGCAACACUGGCUUGAGCCUUCCAGAUGCGACCCGACGUUCUGUGAAAUCGACGGCUGAUGUUCUUAAUGUAAUGAAACUAGGAGAGUUGAAUCGUGUUGUGAGUUUCACGGCUAUGAACAAUCGAAGUAGUCGCUCGCACAGUAUUUUGACUGUUUAUGUGCAUGGAAAGGACAAUUCAGGGAGCACUAUACGCAGCUGCCUACAUUUGGUAGAUCUUGCAGGAAGUGAAAGGGUCGACAAAUCUGAAGUUACGGGAGACAGGCUUAGGGAGGCACAAUAUAUUAAUAAGUCUCUCUCUUGUUUAGGAGAUGUGAUCAUGGCAUUAGCUCAGAAGAAUUCUCACAUCCCUUACAGAAACAGUAAACUCACACUUUUCUUGCAAGAUUCUCUAGGUGGGCAUGCCAAAACAGUAAUGUUUGCACAUGUAAGUCCAGAGGAAGAUUCUUUCAGCGAAAGUUUAAGCACUUUGAAAUUUGCUCAAAGUGUUUCGACUGUUGAACUUGGUGCUGCUCGCUUGAACAAGGAAAGCAGGGAAGUCAUGCAACUUAAGGCACAGGUUGAGACUCUGAAGAAAGCUUUGGCUAAUAACGAAGUACAACAGGCAUUGACCAAUAAGUCAAAGGAACUAAGAUCACCAAGACAAGCAGCUGAGAGAACCCCUCCACGCCCUCGACGGUUGAGCAUUGAGAAUUGCAGCGCUGCAAAAAUUGAGCAACCAUCCAAAGAAGAGAUGAAGAAGGGCUCAAAGACACCCUCUAUACGCUCAAGAAGAUCAAGUUUGGAGGGUCCAAAAUGUAUUAAAAGGGAUGGUUUAGCGAUGAAAGUAUUAGAAGAUGGAAGUAAGUAUAACCAAGCUCUGUCCUUUUAUUCCGAAACAAUCCCUAAACCUCCUCAAAGCAUCAGCAAUUGUGCAAUUGCAUUGGAGAGCCAUCCCAAGGCUCUUCCUCAAAGUCCUCCGAGUUUUGGUUAUAUGAGACGUAUGAUCAACGCUGAAGGAAGAACCCAAAUCAGCCUUCAGCUGCCAAAGACACCUGAACCACCCAAGCAUGCCAGAAAUGAUAUCCAGAUUCAAAUUCAAAGCAACGUGAUGUUUCCAACCGAUACCCCGACUUCCAACCCAGUUAGUUCAGCAAGUGGAAAAGGGUCUCGAAUAAGAAGAUCCAUGAGGACCAUUGGGAAGCUGAUUAAUAACUCUGAGAAGAGGAACCAACAGAAUUUGAUAGAGUUGCAUACUCCAAUGCAAGCUUCAAGCAAUAUUAAUCUCGACGCAUCACCACUGUCAACGUAUUCAAGGAUGCAAAGGAGGCAAUCGUUAACUGGCAUUCCGACGACAGGGUCAAGCAAAUCUCGAAGAUCAUCUCUUGGAGGGAAACCAGCUGAUACAGAUGUUCAUAGAAAUUCCAGGACCCCUCCUCCAGUCCACCCGUCAUCCCAGGCAACGAAGCGGUGGCUAUAAUCUCAUUUAUAGAGUGAAUGCUUGGGAGAGGCGUAAUUCAAGUUAGGGAAGUGACUAUAGGCCAUUUUUGUAGUGGAGUUUACUGACUGAUAUUUUCAGGUUAGAGCAGAAAAAUGAUUAAUGUAGAACAAUUGUAUCAUAUUGUCCAUUUAGAGGUGGAGAUGAAUUGCAACUGUUAAUGUAAUUCUCUAUGCUCUUUCUAAUUUUGGAUGUAUUCAUAAUAAUUGAUGUUGAUUUCUUCAUUGUAUAGCCAGAGGAUAUUCUGGUCUUCAAUGUAAUCAUAUUAUGCCUCAUUGCCUCCUUAGUGUAUGUCCAAAUGAACCUCCUUAGCUUUUGGUGGCCGAG